CGCAGCCAAUCCGCGUCGAGCAGGCCAAUCUUUGACAAAGGCCUGUUGACGCAACAGAGCGCGCCGCAGCCACGGGAACGUUCUGCGUCAAGCAGCCAAGAGCGAUCUUCGGACCUCGCGCCUCUGUUGCCAGCAGCGCAAGCGCCAUUUCGUGCUUUGCUCACAUUUGCUUCUGCCACCUCGACACCACCACUACCAUGAGCAAGCUCGACCGCGCCGUCUACGACUCGUAUGCGAGCCUCGACACGGGCAGCUACAUCCAAGCCGAGUACGUCUGGAUCGGCGGCUCGGGCCAGGACCUCCGCUGCAAGACACGCACGCUCGACAAGCCGCCGACGUCGGUCGCCGACCUCCCGAUCUGGAACUUUGACGGCUCGAGUACCGGUCAAGCGCCGGGCGAGGACUCGGAGGUGAUGCUCAAGCCGGCCGCCAUCUACAAGGACCCGUUCCGCCGCGGCAACCAUAUCCUUGUGCUCUGCGACUGCUACAAGCCCGACAUGACGCCGAUCCCGACCAACACGCGCUUUGACGCGGCGCGCGUCAUGGAGGCGGCCAAGGCGCACGUGCCGUGGUUUGGCAUCGAGCAAGAGUACACGCUCUUUGAGAAGGACCAGGUGACGCCGUACGGGUGGCCCAAGGGCGGCUUCCCGGGGCCGCAGGGUCCGUACUAUUGUGGCGCCGGCGCGCACUCGGCCUUUGGCCGCCUCAUCGCCGACGCGCACUACCGCGCGUGCCUCUACGCCGGCGUCCGCGUCUCGGGCAUCAACGCCGAGGUGAUGCCGGGUCAGUGGGAGUACCAGGUCGGGCCGUGCACGGGCAUCGAGUCGGGCGACCAGCUCUGGAUCUCGCGCUACAUCAUGCUGCGCGUGUGCGAGGACUUUGGCGUGUUCGUGUCGUUUGACCCGAAGCCGAUUCCGGGCGACUGGAACGGCGCCGGCUGCCACACCAACGUGUCGACCAAGGCGAUGCGCGAAGACGGCGGCAUGGCCAAGAUCAUCGAGGCGCUCGAGAAGCUCAAGCUCAAGCACAAGGUGCACAUUGCGGUCUACGGCACGGGCAACGAGCGCCGGCUCACGGGCCGCCACGAGACGGCGUCGAUCGACCAGUUUUCGUACGGUGUCGCCAACCGCGGCGCGUCGAUCCGCAUCCCGCGCCAGGCCGAAGCCGAGGGCAAGGGCUACUUUGAGGACCGCCGCCCGGCCUCCAACAUGGACCCGUACGUCGUCACGGGCCGUAUCAUCAAGACGAUCACGCUCAACGAAGCGUAAACGUGUUGAAUGAACUGUCGUUAUGUGUUGCCUA